AUGCCGGAAGAAUAUAUUCAAAUUGUACACGAUCCUCAAGCCAAUGUAUGGAAAUCGGUAAACUAUCCUUAUGGCGACUUGGCCAAAUAUUCGGUGGGUGAAAAAUUCCUACAGACAAUGCGCAGCAUAGAUGCCAAUAAGGUUAUCGAUCAUUUCUAUGACACAAAUGCAAUUAAAACGGCCAAGGAUGUUUACGAACAAUCGAUUUUAAUUGCCAUCAAUUUGCAACUCAUGGGUGUUCAGCAUGGCGAUUGUGUCAUUUUCUUUUCCAUGAACAACGAGUGGACAUCGGUCUUGACAAUGGGUUCGAUUUUAAUGGGUGCAGUGCCGAAUUUCUUUGAAGUUUAUUUGGAUAAUGGAUCAAUCAAGGUUAAAAAUUUAAACACUCCACCAGUGGCUUAUUUAAUAUCUAUUUUCUACGAAGAAAAAUAUCUGAAUAAAAUUCAAAGAUGCCUUAAACAGAGUACAGUACAAAAACAAACCCAGUUAAUCUCCAUGAAUUGUGUACAGCUACCCAAUGUAAAAACUGAUCUACUACAGACACCCGAACAACCUGUAGAUUUUACCAACUUCAAAAGUAUAGAAGUCAAGGAUACCCGAAAAGAAACCCUAGUUUUAGUUCUGACAUCUGGUUCCACAGGCCUGCCGAAAAUUGUACAACUGUCACAUGCCCUUAUGAUGUAUGGAAUUCAUGCCUGGUGGGAUAAUGCCGAACAUGAUGGUGUCUUAGUGGUUUUCUCAUUCAGCCCCUUGCGUUGGAUUAGUCAAAUUCAGGUUAUGCUCCAAUCUUUAGUAUUAGGACCUCCAUCGAUUUACUAUGAAGUCCUGCUGCAUUUGGAUGAAAAUGAUACACAGAGUUUGGCAAGUCUGCGUAAAGUAAUGCUGGGUGGCGAGACACCAUCGAAGGCCAUAUUCGAUUUAUCGAAGAAACAUGCUGUAAAUGCUACGCACUAUCGUGGUUAUGGAAUGACCGAAACGAGUACUUUGAUUUGUUGUAAUUUACACAUAAAUGGUGGCAAACCGGCACUGGGUUAUGAAAUUCAAAUUUUGGACGAUAAGCUCCAGCCAUUGGGUGUUAAUCAACCCGGGCAAAUAGCCUUGAGUCCGCCGUACCCCUUGAAGGGUUACAUGGCCAUGGAUAAUUCAAAAUACUAUAAUGAAAGGGGUCUAUUCAUUAAUGGCGAUUAUGGUUACAUGGAUGAGGAGGGUAAUUUGCACAUCUUGGCAAGGUAUAAGGAUUUAAUUAAAUCUAAUGGUGAAGUGAUCAUUCCCAACACCUUGGAAGCUGCUGUCACCAAUGCACCCGAAGUUUAUGUUGCCCUCUUGGUUGGCUUUCGUACCGUAGCAAAUGAUCCCAAUGAAACUGGAGCCUUCUUUGUUAAACUUCAUGCUAAUGCUACUACCACCCAUAAAGAAGAAAUAUCCAAGAAAGUAUUGGGUAUAAUGAAACAACAUCUUACCGAUAAACAAUUGACAAUUAUUAAGAAUAUUCACAUUAUUGACUCAAUACCAUUGACCGUGUGUGGAAAGUAUGAUCGUGGUGCCUUGAGAAAAUUGGCUGAAUGUAAAUCGUAUAAUGAAAAAUAA